AUGUCAUCGACAUUGUACACCCUCGUCUCACUGCUUCCUGUGUUCCAAUUCGCUAUAGCACAGACGGCGGGAUCAUUCAACACUCUGACCUUCAACGUCGCUGGUCUUCCUGAUGUCCUCAAUGGUAACGACGUACCUGGCGAUAAAACAACCAACACGGCGCGUAUCGGUCAGCUCUUAACGCAGUAUGACAUCGACCUCAUCCACGUUCAGGAGGACUUCAACUAUCAUGCUACGCUUUACGCAAACGACAAGCACCCAUAUAGGACUGCGACAAGUGGAGGAGUCCCAAUCGGCAGCGGAUUGAACUCUUUGAGCAACUUCCCUUAUACUGAUUUCGAGAGGGUGAAGUGGAAUCAAUGUAGCACAUUCGACAGCGCGGAUUGUCUGACGCCGAAAGGUUUCACCUUUAUGAGGGUCAAGUUCGCUGAAGGCGUUUGGGUAGAUGCAUACAACUUGCAUGCAGAUGCUGGCACCACAGCAGCGGAUCUCUCGGCCAGAGCCUCCAACCUGCGUCAAAUCUCCGAUCACAUCAAGACCAACUCGGUUGGAAACCCUGUUGUUGUAUUCGGAGACUCGAAUACACGCUACACACGCACUGGUGACAUCCCUGCUGUAUUCAGCACCGAAAAUAACAUGAAGGAUGUUUGGCUCGAGCUUGUCAGAAAGGGCAGCCCGCCCACAGCAGGCAGCGAUGCUCUGCUCUGCGACAAUCCUUCGCCGAACACUACAUGCGAGACUGUCGAUAAGGUGUGGUACCGUGGAUCUCCUGCUGUCACUCUCCAAGCUACUACAUUUGAUUACGCAGGAGACAUGUUCCUGCAAGAGGACGGCAACAUCCUCAGUGAUCACAAUCCCGUGCUCGUCGAUUUUACCUGGUCACUCAAGGGGCAGCUGCAGAUUGGCGACGCCUACGGAGGCGAGUACGGAACCUGGUUCAACGAUCUGGACUCGCUGGCAAAGGCCAGCAACGCCAAAGUUGCGACUAUCACAGUCCGUGGACAGAAUCGCCUUGAUGGCAUCGCACUGAGCCUAGCCUCCGGACAGACACUCACCCACGGAGGAACCGGCGGCACAGCCUCCACUCUGACUCUGAACUCGGGCGAGACGUUGACUGGUGCGACAUUAUGUCAAGGGGAGAAAGACGGCGAGAUGAGGAUUUUCUACGCUCAGUUGCGAACAAGUGCAGGUAGGACUGUCAGUGCGGGUGUUAAGACCAGUACAUGUGUUGAGAAGACAGCCGCGAGCGGGUCCAGCUUUGUUGGGUUCCUCGGUCGAUCUGGAGAUGAGAUUGACAAACUAGGGUUUGUCAGUUUGAAGGCCUGA